CAAAACGCAUAGUUUUGGAAUUCAAAACCCCGAAGUACAUUGUUGGUGAAACGAAGGGGAAAAGGGCAGCACUGCAAUUCUACACUUCACUAUCUUUCCCACUCGCAUUGCAGAUUGAAAUUGAAUUUUUCCUGAGAAAAAUGCCUUCGGAAGAUUCGAAGCCGGUGGUGAAGAAAGAGGUGGAUUUCAGCAACAAGAGCUUCGUUUCCAAAAAGGUCUUAACUUCGAACUCUAAGGUCACAAAAGUUAAGAAAGAAGACAAUGACGACGACGACUUCCCCAUCGGGAGAAGGACCUCCAACUCCAAGGAAGUGAAGAAAAAGAAGAAGGUAAUAAUAAAGGAGGAAGAGAAUAAGAAUAAUAAGAAGAAGAAAGAAAAAAAGGUUUAUGAUUUACCUGGCCAGAAACGAGAUCCACCUGAGGAGAAAGACCCUCUUAGGAUUUUCUACGAGACUUUAUUCAAGCAAGUCCCCAGCAGCGAAAUGUCACAAAUCUGGUUGAUGGAAUCGGGGUUGCUUCCUAAAGAUGUGGCAAAGAAAGUAUAUGAGAAGAAGAAGAAAGUUCCACAGAAGCUCACUUCUCCAGUUAAGUCAGUAGCUGCUGUGAAGAGCAACACUAAGUCUGUCACUGUUAAGAAGAAAAGCCCAGCAUCCCCUGUGUCUUCUGUUAAAAAGAAGACAACAACAACGAACUCCACAUCAAAGCAGUCCAAGAAGAGGAAGGUUAAGGAUCUAAGCUCUGAGGAUGACGAUGACACCAACUCCUCCGAUGAUGAAUUUAUAUUAUCAUCAGUAGCAAAGAGGAGAAAAAUGGCUUAAUUAUGCCCUUCUGUGACACUCAUAUUUCUUUUUCGCAUUUCUUCUUUACCAUUUAUUGCUGGUGACACAACUUGAAUGGCAUGAUGUUAUAUACUUUACAGGAAUGAGCAUACAUGUGGUUUGAUAAUAACCCAA